AUGGCGAUGUCGGGCCCAGUUGAUCCAUCAGUGGAUGACAGAGUUUUAGAGGUAGUGAAAUUAGCUGAUUUUAGUAACAUUCACAGAUUGUUGGGCGAGGGUUUAAAGCUCGAUCGAGCUCUUAUCACUGCAUUAGUAGUGAUUGGUCAUGAAGAGGGACAUUGGUCAACCUUAGUUCAUGAACUACUAGGGAUUUGGCCAGAAAACCCUCAAGACCUCACAGAGCCGAAGAUCAUCACUGGAUCCUCGUUGAAGUUGACUUGGCUCAGAGAGCAUUUCAACGUGCUAGAGGACGACGUGAAUGAUGUUACAGUCGAGAGGCAUGCGCGCGCGUACAUUUUGUACCUGUUUGGAUGCAUCUUGUUUCCAGACAAGAGCGGUGACUCAGUCCAAUUAAUCUAUCUCCCUUUGCUAAGAGAGUUAGAGCGGGUAGAUGAGUAUAGUUGGGGAAGUGCUACCCUUGCAUAUCUGAAUCGUAAUUUAUGUCGAGCAUCUCGUAAGGGUACCAAGGACAUUGGAGACUGCUUGUUGUUGUUACAGAUAUGGUCGUGGGAGUAUAUUCAUAUAGGGAGGCCUAUGAUUCGGACGAUUCGACCCACUGGGCAACAUUAUCAGGACGAUGACGCAAGGGAUUUUGAACCGGUCUUAGAUUCACAACAUCGUCGUGGGAGGGAUCCUUUAGCAGUAAGCUGGCUUUGCGUAUAUCUUUCUAGGUCCCACUCCUCACAUAGUCUAGUUUACUACAGAGACGUACUUGAUCGACAACGGGACGAGCAGCUAAGAUGGACUCUUUGCCACACAUAUGUAGAUCGGGCCACGAGAUUUGGAGAUCGCGUUGUCUAUUAAUUUGCUUUGACAUCGUCGAGCUACAUCUCUCGGAUCGUGUCAUGCGUCAAUUCGGUUUGGAGCAGGUAAUUCCGCAUGCCUGUGACACCCAACCUCAACUACAUGCGAUUGAUAGGAGGACUGGGGACAAGAACUACGUUAUACGACAUACAUCUCAGGUAGAUGCGUGGAAUGACCGAGCAUCUCGAUUGGUUCAAGGAGAUAACUACACCGGUCAAAGCUUUGGUGCGUACAUGAAUUGGUACAGACGUAUCUCCAUACAACGUCUCACGAACACCAAAUUUACACAGCCAAGAUCACAUUACUAUCCGACAUCUGCGUUACUGGCUGAGCGUAUCUGAUCGGUACUCAUACAAUGCAAUGACACGAUUCACGGGGCCGCUACAUCGCCAGCUGAUGUGGGGUAUCGGCGAUGUUCUCAAACCUUUGGCUCCAUUAACGUGUCAUUGACCGUGCAUUGAGUCAGGCGGGGUAUGAGUACUUUAUUCCGACUCCACCCAUCAUUGGUGAGGUUGAUGAUACAUUCCACACUCCUUCUCCAGGGAGUUCGGCCCACCGAGGUAGCUCUUCCGGAAAAUCAAGUAGUCGGUCCACAAGAGGUCACGAGCGUUCAUCUACUUGAGGUCGGUCUUCCAGAUCCCCAUCGACAUCCGGUGCUAUGUCGCCAUUCGUUCCUCCAACUUCCAUGACUACUCCUCUACAUCCAUCACCUCCGCAUACGAUCAUUACAUAUCAGCGUGCUAGUCAAAGACGAGCUCCUGCUCUUAAUAUCAUUGCAGAAGUUGACGAGUAUACACCAUCCUCAUCCACCGAUGUGCACAACAAAAGGAGCCGGGAAUUGUAGUUUAAUAAACUUUGUAUCAAUUUAUAUGGCUUGAACUUCUUGUAUCACUUUCCAUGAUUGUAAUAUAUUUUCGCAUUAUUUUCAUAAUUAAUGUUUUCAAAUCAAUCUGGUUCGUAGUUGAUUA